UUUCCAAAUAACAAAAAAAAUAAACAUAAAAAAGGAAAAUGUCAAAAAAAAAAAAAAAGCCACUAUUUCUUUUUUGUAAAAAAACCCUAGUCAUUCAGUGACUAAACGGAAGUGGCCAAAGCUCUCAUCGCAUCGCAUCGCAUCGCAUCGCAUGCGCGUUCUCUCUGCGUUGAUAGCCUCAUCAACUUCCACUGGUCGUCAUUUGUUCUCUGCUCACACCUUCAAAUCCCGAGCUUCUUCGCUUGCUCAAAUCUUUACGAGCCGCCAAUCACCAUUCAUGGCUUCCGAGGACUCGCUCCGCCAAGCACUGGCUUCUAAGCUGGCUGAGAUUGAAGCCCAAGGCAAUAAUGUCCGGGCCCUGAAAGCCUCUGGCGCCGCCAAGCCUGAUAUUGACGCUGCCAUCGAGGCUCUCAAUGGCUUGAAGUUGGAGAGGGGUUCCAUCGAGAAGGACCUCCAAGCUGCUGUCAGUUCCUCCGGUGAUGGCUCCGUUAACAGGGAGCUUUUCCGUCAGACGGUCGUCAACACCCUAGAACGGCGUUUGUUUUACAUUCCGUCUUUCAAAAUAUACCGUGGUGUCGCUGGGCUCUAUGACUAUGGGCCGCCUGGUUGCGCCGUUAAAGCCAAUGUGCUUGCUUUUUGGCGUCAGCAUUUUGUUCUGGAGGAGAACAUGUUGGAAGUUGACUGCCCGUGUGUUACCCCUGAGAUCGUUCUCAAGGCGUCUGGUCAUGUGGAUAAAUUCACUGAUCUUAUGGUCAAGGAUGAGAAAACCGGGACCUGCUACCGGGCUGACCACUUGAUCAAGGACUUCUGCAAAGAGAAGCUUGAGAAAGAUCUUAGCAUUACUGCUGAGAAGGCUGCGGAAUUCAGACACGUACUUGCUGUGUUGGAUGAUCUCUCACCUGAAGAGAUGGGUGCAAAAAUCAAGGAGUAUGGGAUUCUUGCCCCAGAUACAAAGAAUCCACUGUCGGAUCCUUAUCCGUUUAACCUCAUGUUUCAAACAUCAAUAGGUCCCUCUGGCUUGAGCCCAGGGUACAUGCGUCCGGAAACUGCACAAGGCAUAUUUGUAAAUUUCAAAGAUUUGUACUAUUACAAUGGGAGCAAGCUUCCUUUUGCUGCUGCCCAAAUUGGGCAGGCUUUCAGAAAUGAGAUUUCUCCUCGCCAAGGUCUUCUGAGAGUCCGUGAGUUCACUCUUGCUGAGAUUGAGCACUUUGUUGAUCCCGAAGACAAAUCACACCCAAAAUUCUCAGAAGUUGCAAACUUGGAGUUUCUAAUGUUCCCUAGGGAAGAACAAAUGUCUGGUCAAUCUGCAAAGAGAAUUCCACUGGGUGAAGCAGUUGCUAAGGGAAUUGUGAACAAUCAAACUCUUGGCUACUUCAUUGGGAGAGUAUAUCUUUUCCUAACUCGUCUUGGUAUAAACAGCGACCGUCUACGUUUCCGACAGCACCUUGCAAAUGAAAUGGCUCAUUAUGCUGCUGAUUGUUGGGAUGCGGAGAUUGAAUGUUCCUAUGGCUGGAUUGAGUGUGUUGGCAUUGCUGAUAGAUCAGCGUAUGACUUGCGUGCUCAUUCUGAGAAAAGUGGUGUUGCUCUUGUUGCUGCUGAAAAAUUUUCCGAACCUAGAGAAGUGGAGAAAUUGGUCAUAGCUCCAGUUAAGAAAGAGCUGGGCCUUGCAUUUAAGGGGAGUCAAAAGAAUGUGGUUGAAGCUUUGGAGGCAAUGAAUGAGAAAGAAGCUUUGGAAUUGAAAGCCAAUUUGGAAGCCAAAGGAGAGGUGGAGUUUUUUGUCUGCACCCUUGGGAAAAAUGUAUCUAUUAAGAAGAGCAUGGUGACAAUUUCCAAGGAAAAGAAGAAAGAGCACCAACGAGUAUUCACACCUUCUGUAAUAGAACCGUCUUUUGGUAUUGGGCGAAUCAUUUAUUGUCUCUACGAGCACUCUUACUACAUGAGACCAAGUAAAGCUGGGGAUGAACAAUUGAAUGUCUUUCGCUUCCCAUCUCUCGUUGCACCCAUUAAAUGCACAGUUUUUCCACUGGUUCAAAAUGAACAAUAUGAAAAGGUUGCAAAAGACAUUUCCAGGUCAUUGACUGCAUCUGGCAUCUCACAUAAGAUUGACAUUACAGGUACCUCAAUUGGAAGAAGGUAUGCACGAACAGAUGAACUUGGUGUACCAUUUGCAAUCACUGUUGAUUCAACAUCAUCUGUGACAAUCCGGGAGAGGGACAGCAAAGAUCAAAUACGGGUGAAUGUGGAAGAGGCAGCAUCUGUUGUGAAGGAGGUCACUGAUGGAUUGAGGACAUGGGCAGAUGUUUGGUCAACUUUUCCUCAUCAUUCCUCUGGCUCUGCAGAAGAUGAUGAAUGAUUGAGUUCUGUUAUUUUUAACACCAAAAGAGAUUUAACAUGCUACAUAUGACUUUUGAGUUUCAAACGGUUUGUAUGACAUUACAAAAGCCUACAAUGUUGAUGAUAAAGAUACUCUUUUCUAUCUACAACAUAAAUUGAUUGGAA